ACACCUACUUAACCAUGAUCUCAUUUUAACCUUGGGUCAGGUUAUAAUUUAUCUUAAUUUAAGUGUGUGUUUACUUUCACUCUCUAUCAACUUAGACAUAAUUUGGAGAAGCAACUAUUAAUUAUUUUUGAUGCGUUAUGACAUGAAAAUGUUAAAAAACGUGAAUCACAAACGUAAUACCAAACAAGUACUAAACUGGGUUGAAAUCACACAAACUUAACCAUGGUCUCAUUUUAACCUUGGGUUGGGUUGGGUAAAAGGAGUGACAUCAGUUAUAUACAUUGCGUGCAUGAAUGUAACCACCUUGUCGUGGAGUUUGAAGCGAGGCAGUGAUCAUAAUGGGGAAUCGACGUUUCACUCAGGUUGCGACGAGCGACGAUGAAGACGAAGCAGUUCAACCGCAUCAACAACGCACGUGGAAGAGGAUGAGGCUUAUGGAGGAAGAUAAAUUAGAUAACGAUAACGAGAAUGAGGAAGAAGUGGGUCAGGAACCGCCUCAGCUUGUGGAGGACGCUAAGCCCAUUGACGAGCCCAUUAGGUUUUCAGGAAAAGGAAGAGGCAGGAAGAAGCACUAUGAAUCCUUUGAAUUCGACGGCAUCCAAUACAGUCUCGAGGACCCUGUUCUUCUCGUCCCCGAGGAAAAAGGCCAAAAACCAUACGUCGCCAUUAUUAAGGACAUUACGCAGGGUAACAAUGGCAACGUGAUAGUGACGGGGCAGUGGUUUUAUCGCCCUGAAGAGGCUGAGAAAAAAAGUGGUGGAAACUGGAAAUCGUGUGAUACGAGGGAGCUGUUUUAUAGCUUCCACCGUGACAAUGUUCCUGCGGAAGCUGUUAUGCAUAAGUGUGUGGUACAUUUUGUUCCCUUGCACAAACAACUUCCAAAACGUAAGGAUCAUCCGGGGUUCAUUGUACAGAAGGUGUAUGACACUGUGGAAAGAAAACUCUGGAGGCUGAGUGAUAAGGACUAUGAGGAUAUUAAACAGAGUGAGAUUGAUGAGCUUGUUCAGAAGACUCUGAAACGGAUUGGCGAACUACUUGACAUUGAGCCUGAGGAGGCCCCUAUUGAUGAUGAGGACCAACUGAAAGUUAGGAAACGCUUAAGGAGAAAGCGUGUUUUAUCUCUUGAUGUUUCAAGGGAGGAGGAAGAAAUUCUUGGAAGUGGACUGCAUUCUAAGUCUGAAACACCAGCGAGUUGUGUACCUAAUGCCUCUGAGUAUUAUCGCAUAUUGGUAGAAUUCAAUGCACUAACUGGAGAUAGCCAUCGUGACAAAUGGUUGGAGAGGUUGCUUCAACGCAUGCAGUACAUGUGUGAUUCUAAUAAUAGAAAAGAAAAGGACAAUGGAUUAGGAAAUGACUGUCAAGACAAGGGUCAGAAGAGUUUCGAGUCUUUUGUCUGGCCAGAUGCUGUUGUUUCAGCCGUAGUUGCCCUUGAAAAAGCUUCUUAUAAUGCUCUGUCAUCAGAUUCUACGAAGUACAACCAAAAGUUGCGGCAACUAGCUUUUAAUCUCCAGAAAAAUGCAGUGUUAGCACGCCAUCUAUUAAAUGGAGAGUUGGAACCUUCAAAAAUAUUAAAUAUGACACCCAAUGAGUUAAAGGAGGGUUUGGUUGCUGAGGAAAAAACCAAGGAACGUGAUGAGACCCAGCACUUGCAAAUGAUAGAUGCUCGCUGCUCAAAAUGCAUGGAUUGUAAGAUGGGUUUGAAAGAUAUUAUCCAAGCUGGAAAUAAUGAACGUUAUCAGCUUGAAUGUGUUUCCUGUGGCCAUACCUGGUAUGCCUCCCGGGAUGAGGUGUCUAUGUCGACCUUAGAUGCAUCAAAUUCAAAGGGAAACACAGGUCCAACGCCAUAGGCCUCUGUAAAAUUUAAAGAUGUUCAGAUGAAGCUGGUGAGCCCCGUGAAUCCGAAAAGUCAGCCAAUGGCAUCUUUUGAAUCCAGUAAAGAUGGUGACAUCUGUCCCGUGUAGUGUUUAGUCAUAGCAAAAGAUUGUUUAGUUAUGUAUAGAAUAGAUACCGUUCCAGUUUUCUUUCUGGUUGGUUCUGCACAUAGCAUACAUCAAGCGGUUGGUUUCGCGUUAUAAUUCCCAUACACUGAUGUUACAUCAUUAGGGUGGUUAGUUAUAGCAGUAAAUUUCUGAGUUUGACUUUGAUUA